GCGCUGGAGCGGCACUGCAGCCCAGCCCCGCCGCUGAGGGGAGGAAACCCCCCAAACCCCGCCCGGAAACGGGCGCGGCCUGAGGGACAGGGCGGGGCUGGGGGCGGGCCCUGCGCGGGUCCCGCCCCAUCUGAUCCCGCCCCCCGAGGCCCCGCCCCGGAAGUGUCGCGGGCGCGGGGCCGCGCCGGCCAUGGGGAAGGAGCAGGAGCUGCUGGAGGCCGCGCGCACCGGGAACCUCCCGGCCGUGGAGAAGCUGCUCUCGGGGAAGCGCCUCAGCUCCGGCUUCGGCGGCUCCGGCGGGGGAGGCGGCGGCGGCGGCGGCUCCGCGGGGGGGGGCGGCGGCGGUGGCGGCGGCGGCGGCGGUGGGAGCGGCGGUGUGGGGCACCCGCUGUCCAGCCUGCUCAGCAUCUGGAGAGGGCCCAACGUGAACUGUGUUGACAGCACUGGAUACACCCCGCUGCACCACGCUGCUCUCAACGGCCACAAGGAUGUUGUGGAAGUUCUGCUGAGGAACGACGCCCUCACCAAUGUGGCAGACUGCAAGGGCUGCUACCCCCUGCACCUGGCAGCCUGGAAGGGAGACGCCGACAUAGUGAAGCUCCUCAUCCACCAAGGCCCUUCACACACCAAAGUGAAUGAGCAGAAUGCUCUUGAGAUCAAAGAACUCAAAAAGUACGGCCCCUUUGACCCAUAUAUCAAUGCCAAGAACAACGACAACGAGACAGCGCUGCACUGCGCGGCCCAGCACGGCCACACCGAGGUGGUGAAGGUGCUGCUGGAGGAGCUCACCGACCCCACCAUGCGCAACAACAAGUUUGAGACCCCCCUGGACCUGGCCGCGCUCUACGGGAGGCUGGAGGUUGUCAAGAUGCUCUUGAACGCCCACCCAAACCUUUUAAGCUGCAACACUAAGAAACACACUCCCCUGCACUUGGCAGCCAGGAACGGCCACAAAGCCGUGGUCCACGUCCUCCUGGAUGCUGGCAUGGACAGCAACUACCAGACUGAGAAAGGCAGUGCUUUGCACGAAGCUGCUUUGUUUGGCAAGACAGAUGUGGUACAAAUAUUGCUGGCUGCAGGUAUUGAUGUGAACAUAAAGGAUAACAGAGGCCUGACCGCUCUGGACAUUGUGAGGGAGCUUCCUUCCCAGAAAAGCCAGCACAUAGCAGCUCUGAUUGAAGAUUACACUGUUGGGAAGAAAAGUGCCAAAGCUGCAGAGAAGUCUCCUCCAGCCCCGCUCGCUCCCGCCGCCGAUCCCACGGGCCGGACAGCUCAGGGAGAUGUGGACAAAGCCGUGACAGAGCUGAUCAUCAAUUUUGAUGUGAACCCCGAAGAGGAGAGCCCGUAUGAAGCGUUGUACAACGCCACCUCCUGCCACUCCCUGGACAGCCUGGCCAGCGGGAGAUCCUCCGACCGGGACUCUGGGAACAAGGAGGCUGAACCCAGCGGCCCCAAAGCAGCUGCAGUCAGGCCUAGAGAACGUCCCCCACCGCCAGCCAAGCCCCCGCCCGACGAAGAGGAGGAGCAGCAUGUGGAGAAGAAGAUAGGUCACAGUGCUCCCUCUGAGGCCUCUGCUGCCUGGGGGAAGAGCAGGGGAAGUGGAGCUGAGGAAGAGGAACACCCGUACGAGCUGUUGCUUACAGCAGAAACUAAGAAACCGGUUGCAGUGGACAGGAAAACAAAAGACCACAGGAGGAGCAGCGGUGGCCGCAGCCAGGACCCUGCUGACAGCCAGGACAUCCAGGUGCCAGAGCAGUUUUCAGGGUUGCUUCAUGGUUCUUCUCCGAUCUGUGAGAUAAGUGAGGACCCUUUCAGGCUCGUUUCCUCUGCAGAGAAGGGGGGCACAGAAGCUACAAGCCAGCCUGCUGCUAUGCAGCUGGAGGAUGCUGACUUACCUGGCUCAGGAUCGGUGCGGAGCAGCUCUCCAGAGCGGGAGCAGGCGGUGGUUUACGCCACGGUGCAGCACACGCACGUCAGCCGGGCGGAUCCCGCGGCCGUAGUCACGCCCCACGUGCCGCAGCACCCCGGCGGUGCUGAGGAAGAGGGGGACAGAGCUGUGGGCAGGGCCCACCCGGGCAGCAAGCCCAAAGCCGAGCUCAAACUCAGCCGCAGCUUGUCCAAGUCGGACUCUGACCUGCUGACCUGCUCCCCGACAGAGGACGAUGCCAUGGGGAGCCGCAGUGAAUCGCUCUCCAACUGCAGCACUGGGAAGAAGCGGCUGGAGAAGUCCCCGUCCUUUGCUUCGGAGUGGGAUGAGAUUGAGAAGAUCAUGAGUUCCAUUGGUGAAGGCAUUGACUUUUCCCAGGAGCAGCAGAGGAUCUCAGGUUCGCGGAUGCUGGAGCAGAGCGUCGGGGAGUGGCUGGAGUCCAUCGGCCUGCAGCAGUACGAGAGCAAGCUGCUCCUGAACGGCUUCGACGAUGUUCGCUUCCUGGGCUGUAAUGUCAUGGAAGACCAGGACCUUCGGGACAUUGGGAUCGGGGACCCGCAGCACCGCCGGAAGCUGCUCCAGGCUGCUCGUUCCCUCCCGAAGUUGAAACCCCUGGGCUGUGAUGGGAACAGCCAACCGUCAGUUCCUGCAUGGCUCGACUCCCUGGGGCUGCAGGAUUACAUCCAGUCCUUCCUCUCGAGUGGCUACAGCUCUAUUGACACUGUGAAAAACCUCUGGGAGCUUGAGAUAGUAAAUGUGCUGAAGGUGAACCUGCUGGGCCAUCGGAAGAGGAUCAUCGCCUCCCUGGCAGACAGGCCCUACGAGGAGCCCCCGGCCAAGCCGCCGCGGUUCUCACAGCUGAGAUGCCAGGACUUGAUGUCCCAGACCUCAUCGCCCCUGAGCCAGAAUGACUCCUGCACAGGCAGAUCUGCUGAUCUCCUGCUGCCCUCCGGGGACACCAGCAAGAGGCAACACGACCGUGGCACUGAGGUUGCUCCCUACUCCAGAGCUGAGCGCUACAAAGCACAGGAGGACCGUCGGGAAUCCAAGCUGACCCUGCGCCCCCCCAGCCUGGCUGCCCCAUAUGCCCCAGUCCAAAACUGGCAGCACCAACCUGAGAAGCUCAUCUUUGAGUCCUGCGGGUACGAGGCCAAUUACUUGGGCUCCAUGUUGAUCAAAGACCUCCGAGGGACAGAGUCUACACAGGAUGCUUGUGCCAAGAUGAGGAAAUCCACGGAGCACAUGAAGAAGGUCCCGACCAUAAUCUUGUCUAUCACAUACAAAGGGGUGAAGUUCAUCGAUGCCUCCAACAAGAAUGUCAUUGCUGAGCACGAGAUCCGGAACAUCUCCUGUGCUGCUCAGGACCCCGAGGAUCUCUGCACAUUUGCCUACAUCACCAAGGAUCUGCAGACCAGCCACCACUACUGCCAUGUCUUCAGCACUGUGGAUGUGAACCUGACGUACGAGAUCAUCCUCACGUUGGGGCAGGCGUUCGAGGUUGCCUACCAGCUGGCCCUCCAAGCCCAGAGAGCAAAGCCUCUUGGUGCUGGAGCAGGAGAAACGAUUGAAACAAAAUCUUCCAAACCAGUGCCUAAACCGCGAGCCGGCAUGAGGAAAUCUGCGCUGGAUCCCCCUGAAGUGGACCAAGACUCUCAGUCUCAUGCCAGUGUCUCCUGGGUCGUGGACCCCAAGCAGGACUCCAAGCGGACCCUCAGCACUAAGUAUGAGACCACUAUCUUCUAAAGCCGACACCGCGUCCGCCCCGUCUAACCGUGCCUUUGCGAUCUGAUCUGUCUGCUCUUCUAAACUCCCUCUUCCUCCAGCUGCUCGCCCUGAGCCCGUGUAGGCACCACGUCCAAGGCAGCAGCACUUAGGAGACUGUAGACUUAAACAGCUUUUGUACCUGAUCGCUGCUGAACACUGUGAAUCUCCUUACUCGGAAACAAGGGUAACGCGCUGUAGCUGAAUGUGAGGCGGGAGGAGCAGAGGGCAGGCUGGGAGUCGGAGAUGUGGAUCCAGGAGAGCCGCCUGCCGUUUUCACGUCUUCCCCCUCGCUCUGGCACUGUGAAUCCCUGGGGCAAUGUGACACUCCCCAGGCCUUUUUUUCUAUCUCACCUUGUCCUUGGACUGAUGGAGACCUCUUGUCUCUGCGGUGCACACACUCCCUUCUCCUAGAUCCUCCUCUUCCCGACUGAGCCACGGCUGUAUACUGUUCAGUGAACUCACCUCUCCUUCCCUGCCAGUCCAGUUGACACUAACCACUGUGAUGCUCUCUGCAAAUAACACGCGGGCACUCCAUUUCUCACGGUGACCCUUGCCCGCAGCCUCGCUCCUCAAAGCCCGGCACAGAACCCACUCCGCUGGGGGAGCGCUGGUUUGGGCCGGGUGUGAUCGUUCCCACUGUGAGCUCUGCCCCUCGGAGAUGAGGGGGGGGUUGGUUGCGUGCAUUUCAGUCCCUCGUAGGUUUUUCUUCACCCCAUAGUCCUCCUGUUUACACUCAUCAGACUACUCGUGAGCUCUGGGCGCAGUUCUCAUGGGGCAGCCUGUGGUUAAGCUUCCAAAGGCACAUGUUGCUGUUAGCCCCGGGCUGGGGAGGGGAGGUGUGGGCUGGACACCGAAAGCAGCAGUUGGCAUCAGCAGGGAGAGGUCAGGGAGCAGCCCUGGGUUAUUUGCUCCUCAUGUUAAGGGCAGCAGCAGCUUGUCCAAGCUUUGCUGGGGCUUUGGAGCUGCUGUGUCGAAGCUUCCAUUUCCCCAGACUUGCGGCCAAAUCUGACGUUUCAAAGUCUUUAUUUAGCUCUUUCUCAGGAAGGAGUUUGAUCUCCCAAGUCAUUUGUGACUUAAUGGCACUGAGUGGCAAACUGACUUCAGACUGAGGGCUGUGCUAGUGAGGAUCCAAGCAAGAGGACUAAAAGUAAAAGGAAAGCUCAGUCUAGUAAAUACAUUUCAUGUGCCACAGAGCCCCAAUAUAGAGCCAGCACUGCCCCAGGUGCUGCAGUGCCACCCUGCCAGCCCAGGCCUUGUGGACAGAACAUUACUGUGCCUCAGGUGCUCCUCGAGGCUGGGUUUGGGUUCCAUCAGCAAAAUUCCAAGCUGUAAGAGUGCCCUAAGGUUUCUGUAUCCCUCAAAGAGAAACUGCCUCACUGGUGGGGGUGGCAGUGCAGAUUCUACGUGUAGGCAUUCACCAUGCAGUCGCCACACGUCCACCCGACUUCAGAGGGUCUGAGCUUUUCAUCUCCCCCUGCUCUCAGCUGGGAAGGGCAGGUUCCUCCACACUUCCUAAAUCUGGGUCACUAGAGCAUGUGCCUUUCUAAGGGUGACCAAGCCCAGCAGGGAUCACAGGCAGCCCUGCCCAAGCCACGACACUGCCAGUGUGUGUGUCUGUAGCCCUCACUCUCGUGUCCCAUCUCCGGGGCCACUCGCCUCGUCUUUCCCAGCACGUGUUUUUGUAUGACUUGGAAAUUCAUUCCAUUAUCUCCCUUUCUGUUUGCCUCUGCGAAGCUGAGCUCCAGGCAGCCGUCUCCUACCAUGGAAUGUAGUUACGGGGCAGAGACCUGGGACGCAGCGGCUGCUGACAUGAAGAUCAUCUCCCUCUGGCACAGGCGGCUGCCUUGGAGUGGGUGCGUGGCUGCUCGGUGAGGGCUCCCAGAGCAGAGGGGGAAGGGACUCAGCCCCCGCUGAGGAAAACCACUCUCUCCUUUCCUAGCGAAGGAAACUUGAGACUUGGAGGCAGAGAGCGAUGUCGCCUUUUCUAGUUUGAGACAGACGUCUUUCGACCUGUUUCUUUUUUAACGUGUGAAGUGACACAGAGCAAAUGCAGUUCACGGUUUCAAUGUAGCACCGCAGCUUUUUGUUGAGGAAAAAACCCGAAAUAUUUACUGAGAAUCCCACAGUCCAGCGAGGAGUACGAUAGAAAGUCUUAGCAGGGGCAUGGUGUGCACAUCUCUGACGGUACUUACUCUGCUUCAGCUCUGGGUGAACAGGAGAGAACGUCAAACUCUUGGAUAUUGCUUCCUCCCGUGUGAGAACCGUGCGGGGUAAGUCUGCAUCCUGUUCUCCAAGCCACUCCAUGCUUUUGUAGCAAAUGGAAGUAACUUGAGGAAAAGAGUCUGCAAAGGAUCUUUCCCCCCAGAGCGGUUGUGGCCAAUAUCCCCAAUGGUACAAUGCUUCCUUAUCCCCUGAACUGUCGCGUUGCAAUACUUGACAUUUCUAUGGCAAGGACCCCGUUUCUUCCUAUUUCCACAUUGAAUUCCUGGGGACGACUCCCUCCUCCAGCCUCUGUGCACCUGUCUUGUUUUUAAAUGCAGUUAUGCCCUGAAGGGUUGGGGGUUUUUAAGUAUAUUCAAUUGUGAUUUAGCACUUUUUUGAUACUAGCUCAUUAUUUAAUUAGUGCAACAGUUUCAGAAGAUGAACAAAUAAGGAGUUAAACUUUGGGCAUUACACUGAAACAGUCCAUUCCUGAGGAUAAACCACAUCAGCCUGAGGGUGGCUUGGCCCUGUGCAAGCCCAGUGUCCCCAAAGACACAACCUCGAAGGGGCUGUGUGCUUGCUUUUCUUUUGAAUUACAGAGUGUUUAACAGUGGUUUGGGCUGUGACUGACGUGUUUUCAGACUGUUCCCCUCAGGGGAGAAUAUUAAUAUAGUUGUGAUUUAAAUUCUUCAGAUGCAAAAUGUAGCGCAGUGCAUCCGUUACGAUCUUGUCAGGCCUUAUCAGGGCUGUGGGACCUGCUGCUGCAUGGGAACACUGUGCCCAGGUAAUUCCUGUUUAACUCCACUUGCUGCUGUAUGUCAGGAUUUCCUUUAAUCUCUCUCACAGUGAGGCUGGGAGAGAAGCAAACCGUGAUCCCGAGGGCUCAGACCUGCAAAGGAUUGGGAGGGAGAAGUGAAGAUUUUGGGUGAAGUUGAUGAAUUUAGGAAACCUAACAUUCCUUGUUAUGCACAUGUUGCAAUUCAUACUGGUGUUAAGUGUAAAUAUUUGGUGUGUUGGCAACAAGUUGUUGGCGAGAUUGCAAAUUGAACCUCUGUUUGGGAGGUUUCUUUUCUGACACGUGAGCUUUUUGGAGGUUGGCUUGGAGAUGACAUGGUGAUGAAGACUCCAAUCUUCAGGGACUGGGCUCAGUGACCCUGGUGGUCCAUUCCAGCCCCACGUGUAACCCUGUGGUUGUCUUUAGUGAUCCAACCGUUCUUUAGCCAGAUACUCCCUUUCUCACCUGACAGAACAGUUGUUUUAGCAGUUCAGUGUGGUGGGAUCUCUCAAGGGAGUCAGUGCUGGAGACUGACCCUGGGCCGUGCCAAUUGCUGGCUCCUGGCCACAUUAACCCACCCACUGCACAGUAUUCGGGCUCUUCCUCCCUGCAGGGUUUUGUGGUAUCUGGAGGAAAGUGCCCCAAAUUUCUGGUGCUGAAUAUGACUUUGCAUCAAACUGCAUCUGCUGUAUUUACCUGCCUGGGGGAAGGUGGGGCUGCCCUGGGCCUUGUUCCCCUCUUUAAGGACAGAUUGUGUUUCACAGACUUUGGUUUGUGGGCUGAGCCCUCACUCACGGCCGGCAAACGGAGAUGCUGAGUUUUGUCUUUUUUUAUAUAGGAGGGGAUGAUUUUUUUUUUUUUUUCAAAUUGAAUAUGCUUUAUCCUUUUUUAUUUUGUGUUUACAAAGAAAAAAACAGCGCUAAUCUUAGCUGUUCCGCUGACUUUAAACUUGCUUUGGGGUUGUUCUUUUUAGAAGAAAUUAUGCAACCUUUUUGGGGUACACGCCUGUCCCCCUCCCAGGGAGAAGAUAUGGCACCUUCCAGGCUGUACAUGUCGUGAAUUCUGUACCUUCAGGAGGCUGCUGAGACGCAGAGCAGAUGCCAAAUAGCACCAGAACACGUCCCGUUCUGUGUGCAGCUGAGGUGGAGCCAAUGCUUUAAUGCUCCUUCCACCCACCUCAUAAGUUUCCAGCAGCAGCGUUUCCCCGGCUCUGCUCACAUCAGUGGUUUGGAGCCGGUACAGCGCUCACAACGCUGCCUUGUUGCAAAGGUCUCCCUUUUAGGUCUCGCAUUGGUAUUACUUAAUUGCAUUUUUUUCCCAAAAGAAAGUACCUGUGCUGCUCUCACUAAGUCAACCCAGCUCAGACAUUUUUCUUACCCAUGAAAGAAUAACCUGGGAUUCCCUGACAGGGUAGAGACAGUCAAGUUCAGUUUGCAAUGUGGAGAUUUUUGCUAAUUGUGAUGUAUGGCAGUGGGGCUGAUUUGUAUACAAAUGUUAUUUAAUCUGUCUGUAUUUUGAUACUUGAAUUUCCUUUUAUUUCUUGUAUAUACAAUUGUUAAUCUGUUCGAAUUUGUCUGAAUUUUAAACAUCUUGUGGUACCAAACGUAACCAAUCUGUGCAACAACAUAGACUGACCUCACUACAACAAGGCGAGAUUGUAAAUAUUCCUGGGCUUCCAGCAGUCGUUUUGUUGUUUUCAUAAUUGUACAACUUAGAACAGACCGAAUUAAUAAACAACCUUAGACACA